AUGAUUCUGUACAUCCUGAGCGACCAAGCCACUACCACCAAGACCAAAGUCUCAAUCAUGUCAUCUACCUCAUGCCAUUCCACCAUCGUCCUUGAUCCCAAUGCGCCCUCACCUGCAGGAGAUGCUAGUCGCAACCCCUUCGCCAGCAACAACCAUGGUGAAUCAUUCAACAAGAAAGUAGAGGAAGCGCUACGACACUGGCGCGUCCCUGGACUCGCUCUCGCAAUCGUAGACCACCACACCGUAAUCUCUCACGGCUACGGUUCCUCACGUGUGGGGAGCGACGCGCCAGAUGUGACGCCUGCCACGAUCUUCGAUAUUGCGAGUAUGAGCAAGAGUUUUACGGCGAGUAGUAUGGCGCUUUUAGUGCAGGAUGAAGAAGAUGAAACGCUCAAAGAGGUCAAAUGGGAAACGCCUGUGAGCAGAUUGGAUCCGGACUUGAGGUUUAAAGACGAGGAAAAGACGAGGAGCAUUAGUGUGGAGGAUAUAUUGAGCCAUCGGACGGGAUUACAGGGACAUGAGGAGAGUGUAAGAGGUGUUAAUCACCCUCAUGCAGAUACGCUAGCGAGCGUGGUUAGGAAUAUGAGAAACCUACCCUUCGCCUAUCCCCUCCGCACAAAGUACGAAUACAACAACCUCCUCUACAGUUGCGCUGCGCAUUUGGUGGAGAGACUCUCUGGCUCGUCCUUCCCCUCUUACCUCGAGACGAAUUUCUGGGACAAACUUAACAUGAGCCGCACAUGGCUAGGUCCGGAUAACGUUCCCUCCUCCGAAGCACAACACAUGGCGUUGGGGUCGAUUUAUUCGACUAAGAAGAAGAUUAUGUUGCAGCUACCGCAUAUUCCCGAGCCCGAGGGUUUCGGCGCGGGAAGUAUUCAGUCGAACGUGGAAGACGUGGCGCGCUGGAUUCACGCGCAAAUUUACCGCCUCCCACCCCUCUCUUCCCAGUCCUACGACGACCUACGCGCGCCGCGCAUCCUGCAGGACGUCCCUAUCGAAGGACAGCGCGGCAUGUCGCCCUCGUUCUACUGCCUUGGGUGGGAAGUGAGUUGGUAUCAUGGCUACGAGAUCGUACGGCAUGAUGGGAGCUGGGCGGGCUUCGUAUCUAUCAUGCUGUAUCUCCCCGAGAAAGAAUGGGGUGUCGUACUUUUGGGGAACAGUGAAGAUGCGUCUCCGGUGGAGACGGAGAUUCUCUUCCACCUCAUAGACACGCUCCUGCAAGUUCCUGACGAGAAGAGGUUUGACUGGCGCGCACACUAUGAUAAGAAGAUGCAAGAGUGGGCGCACGUCAAGACGAAAGACGAGCUUUUCCCCGAACUGGACGAGCACAAAGACGAUGAACCGCACGAGGACCCCGCGUUGCAAACACUCACCGGCAAGUACACGAACAAGGGGUAUCACGAGAUUGAGCUCGCGUUCAACGCGGGUAAGAAGCAGCUGCAAGUUGAUUGUUCGGACCGGUCGUACUCCUUCAUCUGGGUCAUCAAAGAGCGCGCGUAUGGGUACUGGUAUGUAUGCGAGAACAUUGACCCUGCGAGCGAGGAGAAGAGGACAUUCAAGUGUACGUUCGAAGUCGAUGGUGGUGGGCAGGCGAAGAAAUUCGGGGUGGAUUUGUAUGCGGAGACAGGAGACCUGAUAUGGUUUGACAAGGUGGAAGCGUGA